AAGUAAUUGGUUGGCGAUAUCUGCCAGCAGUCGGAUUGUAACUCGAAUAGGGAAUAUUUGCCUAGAUUACCCCUUUUAUGUGGAGUUAUAGUUGAAGUAUCACAAAUUUACAAACCAGUGCAUGGUGUUCCGGACUGUAUCAGUGAGGGUACUUUAUUGUGCUAAUGUCUGCUGCCACAUGAAACUCGUCCAACACACCUAUGACUUUCACUUCUAAAUGCAGAGCGUUUAGCGAAGGAACAGUCACUACCUAUUUUAACCUCUUGGGUUUGACACUGUCAAGGCAUUGACCGGGCUCGAAUCCCCGCCCUCCUGGUCACGAAGCGAAUGUUCUAACCACUAACGGCUUAAAUCAUAUGUGUCGUCUUAUAGAUACCCAAAUCAAGAUAUAUAUGUACCAGCAUCCAUGAUGAAAUAUGCAAAUUUCUUUGCCUCAGAUAUAAGACCCAUCACAUUUCAUGACACAAAUCACAAAAUGAAAAUCUAUUACUUUGAGCAUUUGAUAAUUUAUUUAAACUCAUUUUCUUUAUUUGUAGACAGCAGCCUAAGGACGGGCUCGUCCAGCUGUUGAGGUAGCGUGUAUACCUACUCAGUAUGCUACUGAUACAACAGAGGAAGGACCAGAGAACUCUCCAUACAACAUAAGGCAGUGUGAAACGUGAGCCAGUCAACAACAGAGGAAGGACCAGAGAACUCUCCAUACAACAUAAGGCAGUGUGAAACGCAAGCCAGUCAAUAACAGAGGAAGGACCAGAGAACUCUAUAUACAUCAUAAGGCAGUGUGAAACGCGAGCCAGUCAACAACAGAGGAAGGACCAGAGAACUCUAUAUACAUCAUAAGGCAGUGUGAAACGCGAGCCAGUCAAUAGGAAUUUGAAAUGAAAACAAACUGGAUGAGAACCAGUAUGUUGGGAUUUUCAAAUUUGUGCCUGAAAUUUAAACAACAGCAGCUUUUCCAGUUUAUUUCUGUUGUUGGAUUCUGAUUUUAGAAUGUGAAGUGUACAGCAUUUAAAGUCCUGAAAAUCACAUAGCUUUCCCUGCUGUGGACCUUUAUAUUAAAACGUGUAAGAAGUCCUCCAUCAACCUAGUUUUCCACAUUUUAACUGAGGUUUUUCUGAAAUCCCAACAUAAUUAGGAUGUCGGAUAAAGAUAGAAAUCCAGGAAAUGUUCCACAAAAUAAUUCAGAAGGAUUGGAUUUUUAUGGAGCAAAUGCACAAACUGUCUUAAAUGGUAGGUAUGCUCCUAUUUUACAGAAAUUUCAAGACUUUGUGAACACCCAGAAUUCCAGUGGAUACAGGAAGCAGUACCAAAUGGUGGUAAUGCAUCCAAAACAUAAUAAGGUGGAAAUCCCAGAUUUAAACAUAGCAGACCAAACUGAAAGAAAAACAUUCCAGAGCAAGGCAAAUACUAGUAGACCAAUCUGGAAUGCUUCCAAUAUCUUUCCAAGUCCUUCAUCUAAUGAAGUAGUCUCAUCAGUUUCCCAAGACUUCAAAUCUGAAGAAUGUGAAGCAUAUUCAGAACCUUAUAAACCAGAAAAAGAUUUGGAGGAUGAGUUUACUCUUUCUAGUCAGUCUCCACAAAUCUCACCAGUUUCCCAAGCACCAAUCUCACCAGUUUCCCAAGCACAAAUCUCACCAGUGUCUCAAGACUUCAAAUCGGAAGACUGUGCAGCAUAUUCAAAACCUUCAAAGUUUGUUUUUGCCUCAUCUUGUGCCCCUUAUAAACCAGAAAGAGAUUUGGAGGAUAGUUUUUCUGUGUCUGUUCUCUCACCAGUUUCCCAAGCACCAAUCUCACCAGUUUCCCAAGCACCAAUCUCACCAGUUUCCCAAGCACAAAUCUCACCAGUGUCUCAAGACUUCAAAUCGGAAGACUGUGCAGCAUAUUCAAAACCUUCAAAGUUUGUUUUUGCCUCAUCUUGUGCCCCUUAUAAACCAGAAGGAGAUUUGGAGGAUAGUUUUUCUGUGUCUGUUCUCUCACCAGUUUCCCAAGCACCAAUCUCACCAGUUUCCCGAGCACCAAACUCACCAGUUUCCCAAGCACCAAUCUUACCAGUUUCCCAAGCACCAAUCUCACCAGUUUCCCAAGCAUCAAUCUCACCAGUUUCCCAAGCUGAUUAUGUACCAGAUGAAGAGCCUUCACAACUUCUAUUUGUAUCAUCCACUGAUCCAGAGAGAGAUUCUGAGCUGUGUGCUACAUAUGGCCAACCACUCUUAUAUAAUGACCAUUGUGAGAAUAAGGGAGUAAUUCCGACGGAACAUCUUGUGUCAGUGAAAUUUCAGCCAAUUUCCUAUAAACAGUUACAAUCAUUUAAUGAAGAAGGGGAAACGAAAGUAUGUCACACCCUGAUGAUUGCUGAUACUACCUGAAGCCAAGUUUUACAAAUCAUGAUACAGCAGCCUAAGGACGGGCUCGUCCAGCUGUUGAGGUAGCGUGUAUACCUACUCAGUAUGCUACUGAUACAACAGAGGAAGGACCAGAGAACUCUCCAUACAACAUAAGGCAGUGUGAAACGUGAGCCAGUCAAC